UGCAAGAUGGCGGCCAGCUACUUUAUCGCGCGUCGGUGCCCUGAGGAGUUGGCGGCGGCGGCGGCGGCAGCUGCAAGUGCCAGAAAAUAACAGUGGCCCCUGAGCGGUGCGACUUUCUCGGCCCUGCUGUGUAAGCUGGACAGCCCCAAGAGAGAGAUAUCGCUAAGAAGCAAAACGCGGGGCGGAGCGGUGAAGCCCCUCCCCCAACCUCUCCUUAGUUUGACCAACUCCCUCACCCUUCCCUCCCCGUUUUUCCUCCCAACCCGCUACACGCUGGCCUGCUGCGCAGGCGCACAAUUAAUCGACGCGCCUCGUUAGCCCUUGGGGCUUGUGGGCUUCUGCGCGCGCUUGUCGUUCUUCUCCCUUGAUUGGUCAGAUUGCCCCGCCAUCACGCCUCCCUCUGCUUUCUAGGUUGAGAAGGAAGCAGGGGGGCGGGGCCAAGCAGCGCGUGCGCGAUACUGUUGCUGUCCCUUUGCUGCUAUUGCGUUGCAAAAAAAAUCCUGACUAGGUAGCCUUGGGCCUUUCUGUGCUAGAGGAUCUAAAGGAGAGAGAAAGAUUUCUGCAACUGAAGGGGCAGUCGGGUAGUAUUAACUUUAAGAUAUUAACGCCCGCUGUUGGAGGAGUGUGGGGAAGGGCCUUAAGCGUUGAGAGCCGAAGAGUAUAAAACCAUUAAUUUCCGGGCCAGGCGUUUAGAAAGGCUUCGCAGGACCUGUUUUCUGCGUAAUUCUUCCGUAAUUACUGACUGGUUUAAACACAAUCCCUUGAACAAUUCUGAUAAACCUUCGAAACCCGCAGCCCCUCCUUGCAGCGUGUAGGAGCCGCCAGCGUUCCCAGCAGCUGGUCCUCCCGUCCUACCUCCAGAAGAGCCUAGCGCGUGCACCACCCCCACCCCCUAGCCUCCCUCCCCACCUGCGGCUUCCACGCACUCGCAGUGAUUGUUUUGCCCGCUCCCGCCGCCGUCGCCGCCGCCGCCGCGGCCGCCAGAGGAGCAGCAGCGCUUGUGCAAACCGGGAAGAUGGCGGCCGGCGGCGGCGGAGGCGGCAGUAAGGCCUCCUCCUCGUCGGCCUCUUCGGCAGGGGCUCUGGAGUCCUCGUUGGAUCGGAAAUUCCAGUCGGUAACUAACACCAUGGAAUCUAUUCAAGGCUUGUCGUCUUGGUGUAUAGAGAACAAGAAACACCACACUACUAUCGUCUACCAUUGGAUGAAGUGGCUCCGGAGAUCUGCCUAUCCCCACCGUUUGAAUCUCUUUUACCUUGCCAAUGAUGUCAUACAGAACUGUAAAAGGAAAAACGCAAUCAUAUUCCGUGAAUCGUUUGCUGAUGUACUUCCUGAAGCAGCUGCUCUAGUGAAGGAUCCAUCUGUCUCUAAGUCUAUAGAACGAAUCUUUAAAAUCUGGGAAGAUAGAAAUGUAUACCCAGAAGAAAUGAUUAUGGCAUUAAGAGAAGCUUUGAGUACCACUUUCAAAACUCAGAAGCAGCUGAAAGAAAAUCUGAACAAACAACCGAAUAAGCAGUGGAAGAAAUCACAAACAUCCACGAAUCCAAAAGCUGCUCUCAAGUCUAAGAUAGUUGCUGAAUUUCGAUCUCAGGCCCUCAUUGAAGAGCUGUUGCUGUACAAGCGCUCAGAAGAUCAGAUAGAAUUGAAAGAAAAACAGCUGUCAACUAUGAGGGUGGAUGUGUGCAGCACAGAAACUCUCAAAUGCUUAAAAGAUAAGACAGGUGGGAAGAAAUUCUCCAAAGAAUUUGAAGAGGCAAGUGCCAAGCUGGAGGAAUUUGUGAAUGGACUAGAUAAGCAGGUGAAAAAUGGGCCUUCUCUAACAGAAGCACUGGAAAAUGCUGGAAUUUUCUAUGAAGCACAGUACAAAGAAGUAAAAGUGGUGGCCAAUGCAUAUAAAACCUUCGCUAAUCGAGUGAACAAUUUAAAGAAAAAGCUGGAUCAAUUGAAGUCAACCCUUCCUGACCCUGAAGAAUCACCAGUCCCUUCCCCAAGCAUGGAUGCUCCUUCCCCGACUGGCUCUGAGUCUCCUUUUCAAGGAAUGGGAGGUGAGGAAUCCCAGUCACCAACCGUGGAGAGUGAGAAAUCUGCCACACCUGAGCCUGCGACAGAUAAUCGUGAUGUGGAAGACAUGGAACUCUCAGAUGUGGAAGAUGAUGGGUCAAAAAUCAUUGUAGAGGACAGGAAGGAAAAACCUGUGGAGAAGUCAGCUGUAUCCACUGUUGUACCUACAAAGCCAACAGAAAGUAUCUCAAAGGCCUCUUCAUGUACUCCAGUGCCUGUGACCAUGACAGCAACCCCACCUCUUCCAAAGCCUGUGAAUACUUCUCUUCUCUCCCCUACUCCAGCAUUGGCUUUGCCAAACCUGGCUAAUGUGGAUCUGGCAAAGAUCAGUUCCAUCCUUAGCAGCCUGACGUCAGUCAUGAAAAACACUGGGGUCAGUCCUGCAUCAAGACCUUCUCCAGGAACUCCUACAAGUCCCAGCAACCUCACCAGUGGCCUGAAAACACCUGCACCUGCCACGACAUCAUCUCACAAUCCUCUGGCAAAUAUCCUCUCAAAGGUGGAGAUCACCCCAGAGAGCAUUCUGUCUGCUCUUUCCAAAACCCAGACACAGUCAGCCCCUGCACUGCAAGGCCUGUCAUCUUUACUUCAGAGUGUUACUGGGAACCCAGUUCCAUCCAGUGAAGCUGCAUCCCAGAGCACUUCAGCUUCCCCUGCCAACACCACAGUCUCUAGCAUAAAAGGAAGAAAUCUGCCCUCCAAUACCCAAUCCUUCAUUCCCAAAAGCUUCAGCUAUUCUCCUAAUUCAUCAACUUCUGAAGUCUCUUCAACUUCAGCCAGCAAGGCCUCAAUUGGGCAAAGCCCGGGGCUCCCAAGCUCUACUUUUAAGCUGCCAUCCAACACUCUGGGGUUUACAGGUACCCACAAUACUAGUCCUGCUGCCCCACCUACUGAAGUUGCCAUGUGCCAAUCUUCAGAGAUCUCCAAGCCAAAGCUGGAGUCAGAGUCCACUUCCCCAAGCCUGGAAAUGAAGAUCCACAACUUCUUAAAAGGUAAUCCUGGUUUCAGUGGCUUAAACUUAAACAUCCCAAUCCUGAGCAGUUUGGGAUCCAGUGCCCCAGCAGAAAGCCAUCCCUCAGAAUUCCAGCGUGGCCCUACUAGCACAUCAGUUGACAACAUUGAUGGAACCCCUGUGCGAGAUGAACGGAGUGGGACACCCACCCAGGAUGAGAUGAUGGACAAGCCCACAUCCAGCAGUGUAGACACCAUGUCCCUGCUUUCUAAGAUCAUUAGCCCUGGUUCCUCCACACCCAGCAGUACAAGAUCACCACCCCCUGGGAGAGAGGAAAGCUACCCCCGGGAGCUCUCCAAUUCUGUACCUACAUAUCGACCCUUUGGUCUGGGCAGUGAAUCGCCCUAUAAGCAGCCUUCUGAUGGAAUGGAGAGACCAUCUUCCCUGAUGGACUCUUCACAGGAGAAGUUCUAUCCAGAUACUUCUUUCCAGGAAGAUGAAGAUUACCGAGAUUUUGAGUAUUCAGGGCCUCCACCCUCUGCCAUGAUGAACCUAGAGAAGAAACCAGCCAAAUCUAUCCUGAAAUCAAGCAAGCUUUCUGAUACCACUGAGUACCAGCCAAUCCUGUCCAGUUAUAGCCACAGGGGCCAAGAAUUUGGGGUAAAGUCUGCCUUCCCUCCAUCUGUAAGGGCGCUCUUGGACUCUAGUGAGAACUGUGACCGUCUCUCUUCCCCUGGGCUAUUUGGUGCCUUCAGCAUAAGAGGGAAUGAACCUGGGUCUGACCGGUCACCAUCACCGAGUAAGAAUGAUUCAUUUUUUACCCCUGACUCCAACCACAAUAGCUUGUCUCAGUCUACCACUGUGCAUCUCAGUUUGCCACAGAAGCAGUACCCAGACUCUCCUCACCCAGUCCCACAUCGUUCCCUUUUCUCUCCGCAGAAUACCCUUGCCGCUCCCACGGGCCACCCACCCACGUCAGGCGUGGAGAAAGUCCUGGCCUCCACCAUAUCCACCACGUCGACAAUUGAGUUUAAGAAUAUGCUUAAAAAUGCCUCACGUAAGCCCUCAGAUGAUAAACAUUUUGGCCAGGCCCCCAGCAAGGGCACUUCAAGUGAUGGUGUCAGUCUCUCAAACCUCACCCAGCCCGGCUUGACAGCCACUGAUCAGCAGCAACAAGAAGAGCACUACCGCAUAGAGACCCGAGUCUCCUCCUCAUGUUUAGACUUGCCUGACAGUACGGAAGAAAAGGGGGCCCCUAUAGAAACCUUGGGUUAUCAUAAUGCAUCCAAUAGGAGGAUGUCAGGGGAGCCAAUACAGACUGUAGAGUCCAUCCGAGUUCCUGGGAAGGGAAAUAGAGGACAUGGGCGUGAGGCUUCAAGGGUGGGUUGGUUUGAUCUGAGCACCUCAGGCAGCUCUUUUGACAAUGGCCCUUCAAGUGCCUCUGAGUUGACAUCCCUUGGGGGUGGGGGCAGCGGAGGCCUCACUGGCUUUAAAACAGCACCAUACAAAGAACGAGCACCCCAGUUUCAGGAAAGUGUCGGCAGCUUUCGUUCCAACAGUUUCAACUCAACAUUUGAGCAUCAUCUCCCCCCGUCCCCACUGGAACAUGGGACACCCUUCCAGAGAGAGCCAGUGGGGCCAUCAUCUGCCCCACCGGCCCCUCCUAAGGAUCAUGGUGGUAUCUUCUCUCGAGAUGCACCCACUCAUCUACCCUCUGUGGAUCUUUCGAACCCCUUCACAAAGGAGGCAGCCCUGGCCCAUGCUGCCCCACCUCCUCCUGGAGAGCACAGCGGAGUUCCUUUCCCCACCCCACCCCCUCCUCCACCCCCUGGGGAGCAUAGCAGCAGUGGUGGGAGUGGCGUCCCUUUUUCUACUCCACCUCCUCCUCCACCUCCAGUUGACCACUCUGGGGUUGUACCCUUCCCAACCCCACCACUGGCAGAGCACGGAGUGGCGGGGGCUGUGGCAGUAUUUCCCAAGGACCAUAGUUCCCUCCUUCAAGGGACCCUGGCUGAUCAUUUCGGGGUGCUCCCAGGACCCAGGGACCACGGGGGCCCCACCCAACGGGACCUCAACGGCCCUGGCCUUGGCCGUGUGCGUGAGAGCCUGAGCCUACCCUCCCUUUCUCUGGAGCACUUGGGCCCAGCCCAUGCAGGAGGAGGUGGGGGAGGCAGCAACAGCAGCGGUGGCCCCCCUUUGGGGCCCUCACACAGAGACGCCAUCAGCCGGAGUGGUAUGAUCUUGCGGAGUCCCCGGCCAGACUUUCGGCCUAGGGAACCUUUUCUCAGCAGAGACCCUUUUCACAGUUUAAAGAGACCCAGGCCACCUUUCGCUAGGGGCCCUCCGUUCUUUGCACCAAAACGCCCAUUCUUCCCUCCCAGGUACUGAUGGAAACUAAGGGAAAGGCAUUUUGAACAGUCUAGAGAGAAUUGGAAGUAGGAGUUUGGUUUAUUGUUGUUGUUUUUGUUUGUUUUCCCUCCUUUGAUUUAUUUUUUCUUUUCCUAUUAUGACAAAAGACCUCCCUUCCAAAUUAAAAGGUCAUAUUUGCUUACAUUUCAUUAUUCCAUCCAGUCCUCCCUGCCACGGCACUUAUACCUACCUUCUGGAAGUUGUUUGUAUUUUAAGGGGGGCGGGGGGGGGGGGCCGCAGAGAAACAACCAAAGCCACUUCGUUUGGCUGGGGGUUUGAGGGUUUGGGAGGAAAACAGAUCUUACCCCAUCUAUUGAAGAGUAUUAUUACAUUUGAAAUAAAACUUCCAUCAGUACAGAUAAUAACGUGCAAUGUUGGGAUGUUAUUUUGGGCUUGGCUUAUCAAGUAGUCGAUGAAAGAAUUCCUGUCCCCGUCUCUCUCCAGCUCAGUGACUGCUGUAACCAGUGUAGCUCUCUCCCCUGUGUGCUCUGUGGCCUGCUGACAGCCAAGAGCUGUUUCAGGGGAGGAAAUGUGGGAGACCUUGAACCUGUCAAGUUUUUUGUUUUGCUUUGUUUUGUUUUGAAAGGCAUGUUGAAGUUGAGUUCUUUACCUUUCUCCUAAAAUCUAAAGCUUUUUUUUUUUAAGUCAGCCUCUUCUAAAGUACCAUCAGGCAGUAACUUUGAGGAGAUACGGACCUCAUUUUAUCCUAGUAAAAAUUUUCCUCUUUAUACUUGGAGUGAAAGAAAAGGGGCUGGAUAUAAAUUAAAGGUUAAAAUAAGGAGUAACUACAAUAUAGAGAGUUAGAGAAAGGAACUGUUAAUGGUAUGAUGUGACCUGCUCAUCUGUCAUAAACAAGGAAACAUUUCUGAGGUAGUUUCACACGUCUUUCACCAAGCUCUUGCUUCCGGCUUUUCUUUCUUGACUUUUUUCUCCCUCAGCUUUCACUUGUACUUUAGCCAGAAAGAAAGUCACUACAGUUGACAAUUUAUACAAAGGUGUAACUGAAAUGUUAUCAAAUGUUAUCCCCUUAUUUUUUAAUAUGAAGUAGACAUUUUUACCAUGGUGCCUCCCUAAUGUGACAUUUGUUGGUAGUUUUCAGCAAAAGGUAACUACAAGGGAAAGGGAAAUUUGUCUUUAUCUAAAUUUCUUUUCUCCUUUUCCUAGUCCUGUAUUCAUCUUGGUAUUUCAAAGGAGGAAGUUCAGUAGCAUUUUUCUUUAUAUUAUACCUCUUUAGAUCUGUCUUAGUGAGAAGUGGAUAUAAUUAUAGGUAUCUUUACAGAGAAACAGGAGGACCUGAUAAAUUCAAAUUUACCCCACUCUACAGAUAGCAGCCUGUCACAUUUCAAGGCUUAAGCCUUAACCUCGCCUCCCACUCUCAAUAGAAAAUAAUGUUUCUGCCCUUAGUCAUUUUACAUGAGAAGGAAGUGCUUUUCUUCUCCCUGAACUGAAAGGCUUCUUAUUUGUAUUUCUACAAGCUAGUAUUGGGAAAAAGACAAUCACUGCAUUUUGAAUGUUUAUAUCUUUAUAUCUAGGGACACUGAAAAGCAAAUGUUGCUUUACUACUAUUUUUUAUUUAGUGUCUUACCCCAGGGUACACACUGGUAGUCUCCAGCCAGGUGAGUAAAAGAAUAUGCAUAAAAGAAAAGGAAAUCCUAGCAAAGGUUCGUAUUUUCUAUAGGAAGUAUGGGGUUUGCUUUGGAUUCCUCCAGUGAAAUAUUAAAGAUGGGAAGGAGUGGGCAGUGUACUGGCAAAAGAUGAUUCUUUGUCUCAAAAUAAACUUGCUUUUCAGAUAAAGAGCAGCUUAAACCAGGUGUGCAUCAUAGUUUCGGAGUUUUGUGUAAUUUAUUCCAUGUUAUUUAUUUGGGCUCGACAUGUUUUCUGUGGUUAGGAUCCUGCAAGUCAUUCAUUUUCCUAAUGCAUUUCUGGUCUUAUGCCAACUGUUCUUUCUUUCUUUGACCUUCUCAAGCCUCUCUGCCCUAUAGCUCUCCCCCUAAAAAAUGCAUGAUACCAUGAUCUUGUAAGUGGGAUGGGGUAUAUAGUGUAGCAAAGCAAAGAAACAGUACAGUUAUAUUGAGUCCUAAGACAUUUGUUUAGAGAAAAGUAUAAGAGAGUGUGGGGGUGGGGUGGGGGAGGGAAAAGGAGAGUUCUAUUUGACUCAAAACUGAGUUAGAUUUUUGUUUUUUGCAGAAAACUAAGUGGGAUGUUUUUUAUUCUAGAAUAAAAGAAUGUGAAUUCUUUCUGCUGCUCUCAUUUAAGCUAAAAGUAGUGUUUACUUGAAAAGGCUCUCUGAACAUUUGAUUUCAUCAGAAAAUGUGGGGUUGUCAGGAAAGUGUCUUCCUGAAUGUUGGGGCAAGGUAAUUGUCCUCAAAAGCAUGAUAGCUAAUACAUGAAAGGAAGACCUUGUUGUACAGUUUAAAAGAUGGACUUUUAAGGGUGGGGUUUGUUUUUUGUUUUUUGUUUUUGUUUUUUGUUUUUGUGGAGUGUUUUGUUUUCUGAAGACACAAAAUCCUCAAUGCAUUUGUUUCAGGAUGGAAGUGAGGAUUUGUAUGUGACCGUCAGCUAUUGUUAACUUUAAGGAAAUCCUUCUACAGCAGUAAAUGAAGACAACAAUGUAUAUAUGUGAUAUAGUGAAACAAAGACAAAGACAAUUCUGGUAUUCGUUACAUGGAAACAAAGGGGUUUUAUUCUUUCUGUGUCUGUGAUUUAAAACUCCAUGCCCAUGCUCUGACUUUUGUAUUUCAACCUGAGUUUAAAAAAAUAAACAGGAUUUUUUUAAAGAAAGCAUAGCAUAGUGUGUCUUGGCAAGGACAUGAUUCGUAUGCAAGCAGAAUAUGUGAAGUUGUUACUAAGGUCCUUGGUGCUCACUGUAAAAUCACAGACAGAGAAUCGGUGGGUGGGGGUCAUGAAUACACUGGUACCACUUAAAACUCAGUGAUACAAUAUCAGAAAUUGAGUCCUUAAGUAUUUUGUAAGAGUUUACUCUUCAGUCAGCUUAGAUGAAACCUCUCUCCCUGCUCCCCUCUGCCCUCCCAAAAGUUGAGAAUAAAUAGAAUCUGGUUUGUUUCCAGGAAGGGUAAAAUGAUAAGAGACUAGGCCUUUUAUCCUUUCUGAUCCCAGGAAUAUAAUGUUUGUGAUAUAUAUGGUACAGCAAAACUAUCUAGAUAAUGUGAAUAUGCUAAACUUCUAAUUGCAGAAUACUCACUAUCAAUCCUGAAGUUACUGGUUCAUGCAGAAUUAAGCUUCAGCUGUUACUGUUUUGAAGCCGCUGUAAAUUACUGCUUUUUACCCUUUUUUUCUUCCCCUCCCCCCCCCCUUUUUUUGAAUGGGCUGGGGUGCCUGUUAAGAUUAAAAUUAGAUAUGUUGGAUUGAUAUUCUCACGUGUUCAGUGUGGAAAACAAAACAAGUACUUUAGAGGCAACAGCAAUGAAAUCCUUUUGAAAUGUGUAUUAAUAUCAUUUAAUAAAAUAACUAG